GGGGUGUUGGUAAGCUUUACAGUAUGUAGACUUCUGGAGCAGAGUUGUGUAAUGGCUGCUAACUUGGAGAGCACAACAGCAGCACUAUGUAUUUGUGUCGCUACUUUUGGCCUCUGCUGAAGGGAACUGCACAUUGAACUGCCGUAAUGUGUGCUUCUUUAAGUCACCCUGUCGGAAAAGAAGUUUGAACAUGCAGGGCAAGAUAUAACAGAAGAAGACUUGAAGUAAGUUUUCAUCCUGUAACAGAGGAACGAACGUGUGGCAUUUGUAUACUAUAUAUACAGACGGGAAACUCACAGCACUGAAACUUUGCAGGACAUCAUCAGAAAAGUGUGCAACUUGUCUUUGGUUACAUUUGUGUUUCUUGUGGAGAGACCUGGCAGAUGUCCCAAGUGAAAGAACCUUUUCCUCCAGGGCCUACAGGGCCUGAACAAGAUACUUCAGUUGAAGAGAGCCCCUUGAUCUCCCUCCCCCUGGAAAAAUGUGAAAAGGACAAUAUGGAUGUGGAAAAUACAAGUCAAAGUCAGUAUUUCAAAAACAAAAGUGUACAAACAGAUUUAGAAGAUUCUAUUUUGGCAAAUAAGGCAGAUGCCAUUGUAAAAACCCAACCUCAGAGCUUGCCUCAGCCAAAUACUUCAGCACUGGAACAGAGCGAGGAAGAAACUGGCAGGAUGCAAAAUGGUCAUGUAGGUCUGAGUAAUAUCAAUGGAAUCCACAACGGGGUCAAACAUGUUGCUGCAGAUAAUAAAAAAUUAUCAGCUCCCGUUUCUCAAAAAAUGCACAGGAAGAUCCAGUCCAGUUUGUCUGUGAGCAGCGAUGGCAGCAAAAAAAGCAAAAUGAGUUCUACAUAUUCUCAAAAACCUGGGUCAUCACCUGAAGAUUGCUGUGUUCACUGUAUAUUAGCUUGUUUAUUUUGUGAGUUUGUCACACUCUGCAACAUAAUAUUAGGACAAGCUUCUUGUGGAAUCUGUACUUCUGAAACCUGUUGUUGCUGUUGUGGAGAAGAAAUGGGAGAUGACUGCAAUUGCCCUUGUGAUAUGGAUUGUGGAAUAAUGGACGCCUGUUGUGAAUCUUCAGAUUGUUUGGAAAUUUGCAUGGAAUGCUGUGGAAUUUGCUUUCCUUCAUGAAGCUAACAAUGACUUUGAUCUUUAAAAACUGGAGUUUUUAUUUUAAACUGAAAAUGACUUUUAGAUUUAUAGAACUGAACUUUUUUGCACUGCUAUUUUUUAUUUUAUAUGACUUACUGGAGAUCAAAUUUAUUAAAACAAUUUAUAAACAAAAUGUAUAUCAAAAUAUUCUUAUGCUGCCCAUUCAGAUAAAGGGGUAUUCCAAAUGUUAGAAUAGGCCAUACUUUUCUGAUUAAGGUCAAACCACAAGGACCUACAUCUUACUACUGGUGAAAAACAUUUUUUUUUUAAAUCAACUGGUGCCAGAAGGUUAACCCAUUCCUGCCACAGGACGUAUGCAUAUGUCCUGCGCGGGCUCCCUCGGUAUAACGCGGGGUCACGUGUGGACCCUGCGUCAUAUCACGUCGGUCCCAGCGGCCCUGUAUUAACCCUUCAGACGCGGCUAUCAAAGUUGAUUGCCGUGUCUAAAGUGAAAGUAAACAUUGCCGGUUAGCUCAGUGGUGCGGUUCGGGACCGCUGUGGUGAAAUUGUGGCAUCCCGAACAGCUUGCAGGACAGCAGGAGGAUCCCUACCUGCCACCUCGCUGUCCGAUCACCGAAUGACUGCUCCGUGCCUGAGAUCCAGGCAGGAGCAGUCGAGCGGCGAUAAUACUGAUCAAUGCCCCUAUGGGGGUUAUAACAUUGAAAAUAAAGUCUUAAUAAAUGUGAUUUAAGCCCUUCCCUAAUAAAAGUCAGAAUCACCCCCCUUUUCCCAUAAAAAAAAAAAAUAAAACUAUGUAAAUAAAAAUAAAUGUAAACAUUUGUGGUAUCGCCGCGUGCAAAAAUAUCCAAACUAUAAAAAAUGUAUAGUUAAUUAAACCACACGAUGGCGUACACGUAAAAAAAAGUAAAAAGUCCAAAAUAGCGUAUUUUUGGUAACACUUUAUACCAUAAAAAAGAAUAAAAAGCGAUCAAAAAGUCCAAUCAAAACAAAAAUGGUACCGAUUAAAACUUCAUAGCACAGCGCAAAAAUUAGCCCUCAUACAUCCCCAUAUGUGGAAAAAUAAAAAAAAGUUAUAGGGGUCAGAAGAGGAGAUUUUUAAAUGUAUACAUUUUCCUGCAUGUAGUUAUGAUUUUUUUUUCCAGAAGUACAACAAAAUCAAACCUAUAUAAGGGAUAUUCCGGUCAAAUUUUUUUUAUCCCCUAUCCAAAGGAUAGGAGAUAAGAUGUCUGAUCACGGGGGGCCCGCUGCUGGGACCCCCCACAAUCUCCCUGCAGCACCCGCAUUCUAUGCGGGAGCCGCUUCUCCAGUUUUGGAAACCCUGGAGGGGACAUGAAUGGAGGGGGGGGUUGCGUGACGUCACGUCCCCAGUCCCGGAAACCCGGAGGUUUCCGAAACGAGACGCAGCUCCCGCAUAGAAUGCGGGUGCUACAGGGAGAUCGCGGGGGUCCCAGCAGCGCUUGACAGUUCCUGAGACAGAUAUAGGUGUCAGCAGAGAGCACUGUGGUCAAGAAAUUUAAAAAGAAAAGAACUUCCGUUGGAGCAUACAGCAAAUCUGUUUAAUUUCCUGGCACCAGUUGAUUUAAAAAAUGUUGCAUUACCUGCAAAAACCUUGAUCAACAAUGGUACUGAGCAGAGCACCAUAUCCCCUUUCUAGCUUUUAGUGGGGGCUUGGGGAUUAGACCUCCAUCUGUCAAUCAUGAGUGGGACAAAGGCAGAGUUGAGAAGGUGGGGAGGGGCAUUUAUUGAUUAAACAACAAAACCAUGUUGGACUGAGGGCUUAACUAAUUUGAGCACCAGGAUAGCUUGUUCCAGUAACCAUAUAUCUUAGCAAUAUGCCAUCACCAACUAUGACUUGGAAACUCCUUCAUUGCUCAAAGUAAUUAAUAGGUUAACUUGCUCAGACAAGUAUUAUGCCCCCACCAGUGUUUGCCAUUGAGCUUUUAGUUCGUUUUUCUUGAAUUAUGCCAGUAAGGUACCAUCUAGUGUUCCUUUUAAGUCUCAAGCAAUACAUUAUUAUGUAGAAAGAUUAUGACUGGACCUUCCCUUUUAGUGCUAGUUGUGUAGAUGGGAUCUAUAUAAGAAGCGAAUGCUAAUCUGCCUAAUUUCUUACCCAGUAAUGUUAAAGCCCAAUACUCACCCUCUGUAAAACAAACUAUUUAUUCUAUGAAAUGUAGGAAAGUCGUAUCAAUGUCAUUCAUGAUAAAACAACCAAAUGUUACUUAUGAAUGGAACCUAUUUCAUUAUUUUCUUGAAUUGUUUAUAAUUUUACAUUUAUAUUAUUUUAAGCUGCAUUCUACCUGGAUGCAAUUCUUAAGGAUACAAGUGUCCAUAAUCUUUGAAUAGCAUGUUAGGGUAUGUUGUGCAGUCAUAACACCAAUGCCAAGGACUUGAGAUGGACAUUAAUAUAAUCAGCCCUUUCAUCAAUAAAGCUGGAAAUGUUUUAUGUCCAAAAGAGCUGAUUAAGACCAUUUUCUGUCAACGUUUAGUACCUUUUAUUGACAAUAACAGGCAUAACAGAUACUGUGUGGAAUUUUUUUAAUCAUUCUCAGUUGCUGUAAUGUAUUUCAUACAAACAAGAGAUCUACAUCCCAUUGAUGGAAACCACAUCUAAGUCACAGAUCAAGGCAGAGAUUGAGCUGUGAUGUGUUGGAUUCAUAUAUUGGUAGAUUGUCUUAACUGAACCUUCAAAAAUCCCUAGUGUAUGGUUAGCUUAACUCUGGUCCAUCACUCUACUGUGUCUGAACAUUGACCGACAUUUAUCAUUGUCUUUAGACUGUUUUUUUGUGUCUAGAAAAGGCGCCAAAAAGGUGCAAGCAGGGUUUAUGCCUUUUUUGCGCCUUUUGGUUUACACAUUUCUGCUGAUUUUGAGUUGCAAUCCAAUGAUUUUGGCAAUACACAUGAUAUGGAAUGGUUUUAUGAACUGCACCUUUUUGUGAAAAGUCACAAAAAAGGUGCAAAGCCGCUGAAAAGUCAGAAUAAGAUAUCACUUCUUACAGAGCCCUUUUUAAAUAAAAUAAAGAAGCAGUUUGAUUGGUUGCUAUUAACAACUGGUAAACUUUUUCUAGCCACAGGUUUUGAUAAAUCUCCCAUUAUGUCCUUAAACUUAGUACUUAUAUGGUGCUUAAGGUCAAUCACUGAAGAGUGAUUGACAAAGCAAAAAUUGAAAAUCCAGCUUCAACCUAGUCUUCAAAUCCAAACAUAGUUUCUCCCCAUCAACAGCCGAUUCACAGUUGUCUUCUGACAUGCUGCUUCUCUAGCCUGCCUGUAUAUUGCCAGAGCAGAAGUAGAUCUCAUUCACUCAAGAUAGUAGUAUAAGCAGUAAGCAGUAACCACAUAGGUGAGAAUUUAAGAGUGGAAAUGGGCCAAUACACUUCUCUUAAUGGGUUUUUUAGCUUUUGACCUGAAUGUCACUUUAGGUAAAGGGGAUGGAAGAGAUUAAUCAAAACCUGUCCAGAGGAAAACUUGCUGAGUUGCCCAUAGCAACCAAUCAGAUUGCUUCCUUCAUUUUACAGGGGCCUUUUCAAAAAUGAAAGAAGCACUCUGAUUGCUAUGGGCAACUCUGGACAGAUUUUGAUAAAUCUUCCCCGAUAUCUUUUAAAAUUGUUGUCUUUUUUUUCCUAAAUUGAGCAUAUAACUUUUUUUAUAUAAGAAUUUUUUUUUCCGUGCAUUUCUAGACCUCCAUUGAUGAUGUGAGUUACUUGUAAAUAAACUUGAAAGGAACAUAAGGUACUGUGCUUUUUGGAAAUGUGUUCAUACUUGCUAUUUAUACCAUGUUUACAUUUCUAUAAUAAACAAUUUGAUCUGCUUCUCACAAGAUACAGUAACUAGAAGCACAUCAGUAAAACUCCUUGUCCUUUUGCCUCUGAAUAUUCUAAGUUUUUUUCCUAUAUAUGAUUGCCUAUUAAUUACAUGCAGUGUUAGAUGAGAAGAAUUCUCUAUGAAAGUAGAGGGACUUCAAAGAGCUAUAUAUUUUACUUCUUAGUAUGGUUUUCUUAUUAUCUCCUUCCCUAUCAUAACAAAGGCCUCCCUUUGAUAUUAAUAGAAGAAAAAAAUCUAGGUAGGCAUCCACAAUCCUUUGUCUGUGCCAAAACGAUUUGGGAAGAUUGCACAAGGUGUUUUUUUUUAAUUUUUUUUAUGUAGUAAAGUUAAAAACACAAUAUUGAUCUGUGAUAUGGUUUAUAAUAAGGUAUAAAAAAUAUAUAUAUAAUAAUGAUCUGUGAUAGCGUUUAUUUAGACUUUAACGUCUUACUGGUUUAGGGAUACUCUGUAAUGCAGAUGUCAAUAUGUAUUUAUGUGACUGAUGUUUUUUUUUUUUUUUUUCCCCAGAUCAAACAGUUAAAAACUGAUACUUAUUACUGUAUAUAUACAAUAUUCGAGUAAGAUAUUUCUUCAGAAAUAAAGCUGUUAGUUGACAUGGGGUUUAUUUCUAAGUAGCUUGUAUUAUGCUAGUAUUCUGCACUAGAACUAUUAUCAAGUGUGUUUAUAAAUAUCUCUGUAACAGAGAAAGCGUAUACUAUAUGUUUUGUUCAUAUUUAAUAUGUGCUUUUCUUUCUGGAUAAGUUGUAUUAGUAAAUACACAAAGAUCUAACAUCCUAGUGAGCAGAAGAAAAUUUAACAAUGUGAAAAUGUAUCUCUCUAAUAUAGAUCCAAAUCAGUCUUUAAUCUCCAUUUGUUUGUUUUUUGUUUGUUUUUUUCUCUAAAAUGCUUUAAUAUCACAAUGGAUAUUACAUACUAAAACGAUACAUUGAAAUGUUUCCGUUAACUGGAUUUAUUGUAUAAAAAAAUAAAGAAUUUUAUUUUACAU